AUGCCGCGUGGUAGAAAGAGAGCUGCAGUAGCAGCUUCAGCGAGCGCGGCGGCAGGUCAGGAGAAGAGCAAGCGGAUGCGGGUUGGGGCUGGGGCUCGAGGGAAGAGGAUAAAUACGCGUUCAUCCAUGGGAGAACGUGAAGAAAAUUCAGAAUAUGCGGGUGAUGACGACCAGUCUGACGAUGGACUUGUGAAUGAGGAUGUGAACCUAGGUGCGACUGAGAAUGAUGGUGAGGAUGAAGAGGAGGAGGACGACGAGGAAGUGGAGCUGACUAGGAAAGCUUUGAGGGACCUGCAGGCGGCAAUGGUGCGGACUGAGAAGAGAGACAAUUACGCUAAAGAGUUCGAGAAGUGCAUUGGUGAGGAGGAGAUGAGGCUUGUGGGGCUAGUAGAGGCGGUAAUGAGGGAGAGGGAAUCUGAAUCUGAAAAGUUUCACGCCAGCAUAAUUGCCCUAAUUGGCACCGCUCUAGCUCCCUCCGGGACGAAGUCCUCGGCAUCAGCGUCCGGGUCCACAGCGGUCGUUCAGAAACUCGACCUUGAAGAUGUAUCAUCUGACAAACAUCCAUUGUAUAACAGAAGCCAAGAACUGCUUCAGUGCACCAGAUCACUGGUUCAGGAAUGCGACGAUUUCACGGCAUACAUCUCCAACCUCGAAGUUCCCCCGGACCCUGCAGAAACGUGGGAACGGGAUUGCGCAGAGACUCGUCGAGUAAUCGCCAUUGGCGCGGAAGCGUCUCAAGCUGAGAUCGACAGACUUUUGGCCCGCAAAGAUGAUGCCAGGAAGAGGGAUGCUAAAGGGGAACCCGCACCCAGGGGGAAAAAAGGUGAGAGGAGAGCCAAGGCGAAAACCUUUGAGAAAGAUGAGCAGCAUCUUCAGGACAUGUUGAAGAUUGGGAAGGAGAAAGAUGCUUCUUUGCAGAAAAAGGAACCGUAUGGGUGGGGGAGGAUGGCGCACCAGAUGAUUGUAUCGACCGAUUGCUGCGUUGACGAACCCGACAACGACCACGACAACCACCAGCAACGAUUCCACGACGACAAGAUGGGUGCUCUUAAAUACGUGGAGGAGCUUCAGAAGAAGAAGCAGUCCGAUGUGAUCCGCUUCCUGUUGCGUGUCCGAUGCUGGGAGCUUCGUCAACUCAACGUUAUCCAUCGUGCUUCCCGCCCCUCACGCCCCGACAAGGCCCGCCGUCUCGGCUACAAGGCCAAGCAGGGCUACGUUAUCUACCGUGUCCGUGUCCGACGUGGAGGACGCAAGCGGCAAGCCCCCAAGGGCGCCACCUACGGCAAGCCCACCAACCAUGGUGUCAACCAGCUCAAAUACCAGCGUUCGCUGAGAUGCACUGCCGAAGAGCGUGUUGGCAGACGCUGCGCCAACUUGCGUGUCCUCAACUCCUACUGGAUCAACGAGGAUUCCACCUAUAAGUACUUCGAGGUCAUCCUCGUCGAUCCCCAGCACAAAGCCAUCCGCCGCGAUCCUCGCAUCAACUGGAUCGUGAAACCGGUGCACAAGCACCGCGAAAACCGUGGCUUGACCGCCGCUGGCAAGAAAUCCCGUGGCCUUGGACGGGGUCACAGCUACACCAAGACCACCGCCGGCAGACGGAAGACCUGGAAACGCCUCAAUACCCAGAGCUACUGGAGAUACCGUUAAAUGGGGCGAUGAGCAGUGGGCGAUGGUGGAUAUGGGGAUGGGCAUUGGAGUUGGUGGCGGUGUUGGAAUGUGUUUUCCCCCCUGGCUUCGGGCCUACGUUGGCGGAACCAGCGUUACCAAACCACUCCACCUAUCACAGGACCGGGGAAAAGAAAAAGUUUUAUCUCAGCAGCUGCACCGACUACGUGCAUGGUGUGCUACGACUUUAAUCGAUUCGGUAAUGCAUAUAGCAAAGAAAAAGGAGAAGAAAUCCACAAGAUUCUUUAUUACCCAUUUGCGUGCUCUAGGUGUUGGUUCUAUAAUGACUUUUCACUUUCUUUGCGGCGUAGUUUGUGGGAUCAGUUUUGCGUCCUGUUGAAUACUUGCAGAAGUUUACGUAGUAACACAUGAACUUACCGCUUACUUCCUUCGUCAUCUUUAUUCCAACCAACCAAAAAAUAUAAAUAUACAAAAUAAAUAAACUGAAAGGGAAAAGGAGCGGGACCCGGGCUUACUUACUGUUGUUUCAUCUCCGAUAAUAGCAUCUCAGUUUGAGAUUGAUGUUCCAUAAAUGGAAGGAUUGUCCAUUUUAUUAUAUUUAGAUCUGGUUGGUGAAGACAACUGGUAGUAGUUGUGUAACCCGGGGAGCUAGUGAGCUUUAUGCCAAGCGAUCUACAGAUGUACCGGUCUCCCCGGAACAAGGCAGGGGGAGUGGGAAUGUCAUUGUCCGCGAACGACAGUAUAUAUGCGGUUAUAUUGUAUUGUAGCCAUUCAGAUUAUGACAUAGUAUAGAUCGAUCCGCAUGUGAUCAAACAAUUUAAUCAUCUUCAACUUGG